GCCUUUUUUUGCAUCUUUUACACGUCUGCCGGGAUAGCUCGCUUUUUCUUUAAAUUAAGAUAUUUGUAACAAUAAAAGGAUAAAAAUGGUUCAAUUAAAGACAGUAUUGUCAAAAUUUUAUGAUGAAUAUCAGAACAACACUCCAAAGAAGUUGAAACUUAUCGACGCUUAUCUAACUUACAUACUGUUGACAGGAAUUCUGCAGUUUGCAUAUUGUGUACUUGUCGGUACUUUCCCCUUCAAUUCAUUCUUGUCUGGAUUUAUUUCAACUGUUAGCUGCUUUGUACUUGGAGUUUGUCUUCGUCUCCAAACGAACACUCAGAACAAGAGCCAGUUCAUAGGAAUAUCACCAGAAAGAGGGUUCGCUGACUUUAUUUUCGCUCACAUCAUAUUACAUCUUGUAGUUGUUAAUUUCAUUGGCUAGAUUACGACUUUUUUUUGGUUUCCUAUGAAAAGAAAUUUUUCAAUCAUUUUCGAUAGCCACAAUGAAUAAGAUUUGAUAAAUAAAUAAAUAUUCCAAAAAAUGUCAAUAAAAUCAAACAACAAAUCUCAUGCUGUCUACAUAAAUAAAAAGAAAAAACUGUAUAAACAUGCAUUUAUAUUCAACAUUCAACUGUUCAUAUUGUGAGACAUUUUGUUGUUUACGUAUCCAUAAAUAAACUCCUACCAAAUUUCUCAAGUCA